AUGACUGACAAGAUGGAGUUCGAAGAGCAAAAAAUGGAGCUCGAGCAAAUCAAGCAGGACAGUCAAAGCUCCAACACCAUCGCUGCCGCCCCUGCUAUCGUUGACACUCUCCCCUCUAAGGAGACUACUGGCGCUAGUGCUGCUGCCAGCACCCUCUCCACCGAAGAGUCCACCGAGGUUGGUGAUGGCAAGGGCAAGAACAAGAAGAAGGAUAAAGAGGCCGGCGAGCCCGUCAAGGCUGUCAGCUACUUUGAGCUUUACCGCUUCGCUACUCCCAAAGAUUACCUUUACAUCGCUAUCGCGUCAGUUGCUUCAAUUGGUACUGGUGUUGGCCAACCUUUGGUCGCUAUCUUGAUGGGAGACGUCUUGGAGGCUAUGGGUGGAGGUCUUGUUAACGCUGAUAUCAUUAUCGAUUACGUUAUCAAGUUCACCAUCGUUGGUGCUGGUAUUUUCCUCGCCUCGUACCUGCAAAUGUGUUUCUGGACCCUGUCUGCCGAAAACCAAGUCAAGCGUAUCCGCGAGGAGUACCUCCAUGCCAUCCUUCGUCAGGACAUUGGAUGGCACGAUACCGGCAAGCAGGCCGAAUCCCUCACCACCCGCCUUAACUCGGACACUCAACUGAUCUACGACGGCUUGGCUGAUAAGGUCGGUCUGGUCUUGUCCAGCUUGACCACCUUCAUCGCCGGUUUUGUCAUUGGUUUUGUCAGAGGCUGGAAGCUCAGUUUGGUUCUCCUCAGUUGUGUCCCCCUCAUCGGUGCCUGUGCUGCCUUGAUGACAAAGUUUACCGUUGCCACCGCCACCAAGGGUCAGGAUUCUUACGCAGGAGCAGGAGCAGUUGCCGAGCAGGCUAUCUCCGCUAUCCGCACCAUUGUUGCUUUUGGUGGUCAGAAGCGCGAGACCGAAUCGUAUGUCAAGCAGCUGGAUAGCGCCUUCCUCCACGGAAAGAAGAGAGCCAUCGUCACCGGUUGCGGUGUCGGUGCCUUCAUGUUCAUUCUCUUUGCCACCUACGGUUUGGCCUUCUGGUUUGGUGCCCACCAGGUUUACGACGGCAACAUGACCGGAGGUGAGGUCAUCAACGUCUUCUUCGGCAUGAUCAUCGGAGCAUUCGCUCUUGGAAGCAUCGGACCUAACGCCGCUGCUUUUGCCAGCGCUCAGGGUGCUGCUUACCAGAUCUUCAAGACCAUUGACCGCGUUCCCACCAUUGACUCGUCCAACCCCGGCGGUGCCAAGCCCGAUAACGUUACCGGGCACAUUGUUGUCACUGAUGUCGACUUCCACUACCCGUCUCGCCCUGACGUCCCCAUUUUGAAGAAGAUGAACAUUGAGGUCAAGCCUGGACAAACUGUCGCCUUGGUUGGUCAUUCUGGAUCUGGAAAGUCCACCAUUGUCGGAUUGGUUGAGCGUUUCUACGACCCCAUCUCUGGAACGAUUACUAUGGACGGAGUUGAGCUCAAGGACUGGAAUGUCACCUACCUUCGCGACACUGUCGGAAUCGUCUCCCAGGAACCCGUUCUCUUCAACGCCACCAUUCGUCAGAACAUUGCCUAUGGUAUCCGCAAGGACCAAGCUCAGCCCACCGACAAGGAAAUCGAGGCUGCCUGCCGCUUGUCCAACGCCCACGACUUUAUCUCCAAGCUUCCCGAGAAGUACAACACCAUGGUCGGUGAGAAGGGAGCCCUAUUGUCUGGAGGUCAGAAGCAGCGUAUCGCCAUUGCCCGUGCCAUGAUCAAGAACCCCCGUAUCCUGCUGCUCGACGAGGCUACCUCUGCCCUCGACACCGAGUCUGAGCGUAUCGUUCAGGCUGCUCUCGACAACGCCGCCGCUGGACGUUCAACCAUUGUUAUUGCUCACCGCCUUUCGACCAUCAUGAAUGCCGACGUUAUCUAUGUCAUGGACAAGGGAGUCGUUAUUGAAUCUGGAUCGCACGAAUAUCUCCUCGCCCAAGGUGGAACCUACGCUGACUUUGUCGCCAAGCAGCAGCUCAAGUCCGGAGGCGUCGAUGUUGAGGCCCAGCCAGAGAUCGUAGCCGAGGACACCGCCGCACUGCCUGCUCAUAUUGCCAUUGCUGACGAGGAUGUUAUUGCUCACCAGGGUACCGCCGACCGUCGCAAGAGCUUUGGUUUUACCACCAAGCUCCGCCGCAUGUCCUCUGCCAGAUCCGUCCCCCGUUCCGAAAAGUCGCUCCAGAGGGUCGAUACUACGAUUGCCGUUCCCGAAACUGCUGAGGAGGCUGAGAACCGCCGCGAGAAGGAGCGAAAGGCCAUGAUCAAGGCUCAGAAGGCUCCCCUUGGUCGUGUCUUCAACGCGAUGCGUCCCGAGUGGAAUCUCAUUGCUGUUGGCGCCAUUCUUUCUGGCGGCGCCGGUGUCAUCUUCCCCAUGUUUGCAAAGUUCUUUGGUCAGGUCAUGACCGUCCUCACCAAAGUCCCCCGCGCUGACAACUUCAUCUCAGAAUCCAACAACAACGCCCUCAUGUUUGUCGUUAUCGCUGUUGCUGCCCUCGUCGCCAACGGAGGAGCCAUUGUCGUCUUUGAGUACGUCGGUGAGACGAUGGCCCGUCGCAUGCGAACCGUCAGUUUCCAGGCCAUCAUCAGCCAGGAGAUGGGCUUCUUUGACAAGGAGGAGAACAACACUGGUGCCUUGACUUCCCGCCUAGCUACCGAUGCCUACCAGAUGCACGAGUUGGUUUCCCAGAUCAUGAAGUUGGCUUUCCAGACCAUCGCCACCGUCGCCUUGGGUCUUGGUUUUGCUUUCUCUCAGUCAUGGCGCCUGACCUUGGUCAUCUUGGCUCUUAUUCCACUUUUGGCCGCUUCCCAGUACUUUGCCAUCGCCGCGUUGACUGGAUUCAGUAACAAGACCAAGAAGGCCUACGAGCAGUCUGGCCGUGUCGCCAACGAGGCCAUUUCCAACAUCCGUACCGUCGUUACUUUAGCCAAGGAGUCGACCUUCGAGGACAAGUACUACAAAGUCACCCAGGAGCCCCACUCGUAUGCUCUCCGUCGCGCCUACAUUGGAUCCAUCGGUUACGCCUUGUCUCAGGGAAUCAUGUUCUGGACCUAUGCCGUCGGAUUCUAUUCUGGUCACCGCUUUGUGGAAGCCGGGAUGCUUACCUACCAAGACCUCAUCCAGACUCUGUUCUAUGUCGUCUUCAUGAGUAUGGGUCUCGGUCAGAUCGCCUCUCAGCUUCCUCGUUACAUUAAAGGCAAGGAAUCUGCCAUCAACGUUUUCGAGCUCUUGGACAAGAAAACCACUAUCGACGCCGACAAGGACGGCAUUACCCCUGAGAGUGUUGACGGCCACUUGGGCCUUGAGAACGUCCAGUUCCACUACCCCACCCGCCCCGACCAGCAGAUCUUCAACGGAGUCGAUGUCGCUGCUAAGCCCGGCCAGACUGUCGCCUUGGUCGGACCCUCUGGAUGCGGAAAGUCGACCAUCAUUGCCCUUUUGGAGCGCUGGUACGAUGUCUUGGACGGCAAGGCCACGAUCGACAAGUAUGACGUUCGCGACCUUCAGCUGAACAACAUUCGCCAGAACAUGGCGCUUGUUGGCCAGGAGCCUGUCCUGUUUGACAUCUCGAUCGGCGAGAACAUCCGCUACGGUAUCCCCGAUGGUCAGCGCGCCGACCAAGAGAUGGUCGUUGCUGCUGCCAAAGCCUCGAACAUCCACGACUUUAUUGUUUCGCUGCCCCAGGGUUACGAUACCCGCGUCGGAGACAAGGGUUCGCAGCUGUCUGGUGGUCAGAAGCAGCGUAUCGCCAUUGCCCGUGCCUUGAUCCGCAACCCCAAGAUUCUCUUGCUCGACGAGGCAACCUCUGCCUUGGACUCUGAGUCGGAGAAGUUGGUCCAGGAGGCCCUCGACCGUGCCCGUACUGGCCGCACGACCAUUGUCAUUGCCCAUCGUCUGCGCACUAUCCAAGAUGCCGAUUUGAUUCUGGUUGUCAAGGACGGAGCCAUUAUCGAGUCUGGUCGCCACUACGAGCUCAUCUCCCAGGGUGGUCUUUACUCUGAGCUCUGCAAGAGGCAGAACCUGGAGGUCACUCACUAA